AACCUUAAACCGAAUUUAAAGGAAAAAAACACGUAAAUAAAAACCAAACUGAAAGCCAGCUAGAGAUUAGGCUGUGAGUUCCAACGCCCACGAUGCAAAAAUGAUAGCUACUAGAGCUUGCGACUUCUCUUCACCUCUCUCCUCCGCCUCUCCUUCCGGAGCCUUCGUCACCGUCACCAUCCCGAACUUCAACUUCUUCUCUCCCUCCCUAAACCCCAACAUCAUCCGCCACCGCAGCAGCUCCUCGCGUCGCUUACUCCGCCGUCUCUCCUUCAGUCGAAACGAAACUCAAUCCUUUCCACUGCCAUUCGCUGCUAAUUCCGCUUCUCACCGUAGCAGAACUUUCGUCGAACACGUUGCAGGCACUAAAGAAUCACCACACCAAACCAUCGAAGUCUACGAUUUCGGAGAUUUAGAGUCUGCUAGGAACGAUUUGAGGAACGUCGCGACUCGUAGAGUCGAGACUGAUGUGGAAGUGAGAGAGAUAGAAGACUUGCCGGAAGAGUGGCGCCGCUCCAAGCUCGCCUGGCUGUGUAAAGAAGUUCCGUCGCAUAAAGCCGUGACGCUUGUGAGGCUCUUGAAUGCUCAGAAGAAAUGGGUUCGUCAAGAAGACGCUACUUACAUCUGUGUCCAUUGCACACGGAUUCGCGAGAACGAAACAGGAUUCAGAGUGUAUAGAUGGAUGACGCAGCAGAACUGGUACCGGUUUGAUUUCGGUUUAGCCACAAAGCUAGCUGAUUUCUUAGGGAAAGAGAGGAAGUUCACGAAAUGUCGAGAGGUGUUCGAUGAUAUUAUGAAUCAAGGACGUGUUCCAAGCGAAUCCACGUUUCACAUUCUUGUAGUUGCUUAUCUAAGUAGCUCAGAGGAAGGUUGUUUCGAAGAAGCCUGUAGUGUUUACAAUAGAAUGAUUCAACUUGGAGGUUACAGACCGCGUCUUAGUCUGCAUAACUCUUUGUUUAGAGCUUUGGUUAGCAAACAGGGAGGGCCUUCGAGUGAUGACGUUAGGCAAGCUGAGUUUAUCUUCCAUAACGUUGUGACGACCGGGCUUGAGGUGCAGAAAGAUAUCUAUAGCGGGCUAAUCUGGCUGCAUAGUUGUCAAGACGAAGUUGAUAUAGAGAGGAUAAACUAUCUAAGAGAAGAGAUGAGGAAGGCCGGUUUUGAGGAGAGUAAAGAAGUAGUGGUUUCGUUACUCAGAGCGUAUGCUAAGGAAGGAGGAGUGGAAGAAGUUGAGAGGACAUGGCUUGAAUUGCUUGGUUUGGAUUGCGGUAUACCUUCUCAAGCGUUUGUGUACAAAAUUGAAGCUUAUGCAAAAGUAGGCGAUUUUGCGAGAGCUUUGGGGAUAUUUAGGGAGAUGGAGAAGCAGUUAGGUGGUGCAACGGUUUCUGGAUACCACAAGAUCAUUGAAGUUGUAUGUAAAGUACAUCAAGUGGAACUUGCGGAAUCUCUCUUAGAAGAGUUUGUAGAAACUGGGAAGAAGCAGCUUCUACCUUCAUACGUGGAGAUAGUCAAAAUGUACUUUGAUUUGGGUUCACAUGAGAAACUGGAGAAGGCUUUUGUUGAGUGCUUGGAGAAAUGUCAACCUAACCAGACUAUAUAUAACAUAUACUUGGAUUCAUUGGUUAAUAUAGGUAACCUUGAGAGAGCAGGGGACGUUUUUGAUGAAAUGAAAAACAAUGGGACAAUCAAUGUGAAUGCUAGAUCCUGCAACACCGUUUUGAAAGGAUACUUGGAUUCUGGAAAUCAUGUGAAGGCAAAGAAGAUAUAUGAGCUGAUGAGUUUGAAGAAGUACGAAGUCCAGACACCGCUUAUGGAAAAGCUUGAUUAUAUCCUUAGCUUGGUGAGAAAAGAAGUGAAGAAACCGUUGAGCAUGAAGCUAAGCAAAGAACAGCGCGAGGUAUUGGUGGGUUUGCUGUUAGGUGGUUUGCGAGUGGAAUCAGACAGAGAGAGGAAGAGUCACAAGAUCAUGUUUGAAUUCAGAGAGAAGUCUCAAGCUCAUCUGAUAUUGAGACAACACAUACAUGAUCAGUUCCGUGAGUGGUUGCCUCAUUCGGAGGAGGAGGAUAUACCAUUAGAAUUCUCCUCCAUUUCUCAUUCAUGCUUUGGGUUUUACGCUGAUAAUUUCUGGCCAAAUGGUCGACCUGAGAUUCCCAAACUGAUUCAUCGGUGGCUCUCGCCUGAGUCACUGGCUUAUUGGUAUAUGUACAGUGGAUAUAGAACAUCAUCAGGAGACGUUAUCUUGAGGUUGAAGGGAAGUGUAGAAGGUGUUGAGAAGGUUGUGAAGGCUCUGAGAGCUAAAUCUAUGGAAUGUCGGGUUAAGAAGAAAGGAAACGUUUUCUGGAUUGGGCUUCAGGGAACAAACUCGGUUUUGUUCUGGAAGCUAAUAGAGCCUCACGUCUUAGAUGACAUGAAAGAUUAUCUAAGACCCGCUUAUGAGGCAAUCGACACCGAUGGGGACUAAGAACAAAUCAUAAACUUUUGACACUAGCUUUGAUCACAAUGAUUGAUUUAGAAGAAGCACUUGUUAGAUGAAAUUCAGCAAUGUUUAUUUGAACUUCUUUUGGUUUGAUAACAUUAGUUGAAUUGCUCCUUUACGCCAAA